AUGAGAAUACUAGGGAUAGGAUACGAAGGUUUGUGCAAGUUUUGUGGCCUGAUGGACAUGCCGUCUUUUUUAGAUAAAGCUACGCAUACAAUAUUAUUGAAGUACAUUUUAGAUUGUGGUAAAACUGUUGCAGAAGCCUUGAUGAAAAAAGCUGUAAAUCAAGAAAAAGAAGCGAUAAGUGAAAAUAAGAAUAAGAACGAUUUGACUGUAUCGGGAGAUGGAACCUGGCAAAAACGGGGAUUUACAUCGUCAUUUGGAGUUUCUUCUAUAAUUGACUAUUAUACUGGAAAGAUUCUUGAUAUAAACAUUAAAAGUGCUUAUUGUAAGCUAUAUUCGCUUUCUGCUCAAGUAUUGAUAGCUACCGCUUUAGUCCAGGUCCGCCCACAUCAUGGUAAUCCAAUCACCGCCAGAGCGUUGAUUGAUCAAGGUUCAGAGCUCUCAUUUAUGAGACAGUCGCUCGUCAAGAAGCUUGGACAACCGAUACAGCGUGACAUGGUCAUGCUCAAGGGCAUUGACAAUGUCUCCGCAGGAAGCUCACUAGGUGAUUUGGGUCAGCCAAAACCGACACUGACGGUAGAUCUUCCAUCGUUCGUGAUCGCUGAUCCGACAUGGCCGCAUCUUGAGAAUCUCAAGCUCGCUGACUCGCAGUAUCUACAGCCACGCCCUGUAGAUAUUAUUCUAGAUGCAUCACCAGCCGCACAGAUCAUGAACGCAGAGAUUCAACGAGGACCUCGCAAUGCUCCUAUUGCACAAUCCACCACGUUUGGUUGGAUUGUCUAUGGAGCUGUCACCACUAAACACGCUUCAACAUCACACGCAGCACUACAUGCGUCAGUAGAUACUGAAUUACAAGACGCUAUCGCUAAGUUUUGGGAACAGGAAGAGGUUCCAUCAGGUAAUUCACCGCUCAACACCGCUGAAGAAGACGAAUGUGAAAUUCACUUUCGUCAAACGCAUUAUCGACAGCCUGAUGGACGCUACGUAGUGAGAUUACCGCUUAAAGUCCCCGAGAGUCAACUUGGCGACUCUAUCAACGCAGCCAUGGGAUCAAUCCGCAGAUUAAUAACUCGCUUGUCGCGAGAAAGAAUAUAUUUUGACAUGUAUCGUGCAUUCAUGGCAGAAUACAUUCAACUAGGACACAUAGUACGAGUACCAGUCAACGAAUUGCCCGCAAACGCUUACUUCUUGCCUCACCAUAGGGUAUUGAAGCUUGAUAGUGCCACUAUGAAGCUCCGCACAGUGUUCAAUGGUUCCUGUGCAACAUCUACAGGAAUUUCAUUGAACGACAUUCUCCACGCAGGACCCAAAACGCAAAUUGACAUUUUUGAUGUGAUGUUGAGAAUCCGUUGCAGCAGGAUUCUAUUUGCUACUGACAUCACCAAGAUGUUCAGACAGAUUGAGGUCGACUCGCUUGAUUGCCCGCUUCAGUGCAUUCUCUGGAUAGAUGAGAAUGACUUAGUAGACGCUUACUGUCUCAAGACAGUCACAUACGGAACCGCUAGUGCACCUUUUGACGCAGUACGUGUGCUUAUCCAACUAGUAAAGGAUGAAGGACACCGCUUUCCGCUAGCUGUUGCUCCAAUGUUGAAAACACGCUACGUAGAUGACAUCUACGGUGGAGCAGACAACGAAGAAGACGCUAUCAAGGCUGCAGUACAAACAAAAACUCUGUGUGCAGCAGGCUGCUUCCCGCUUGCCAAAUGGGCUAGCAAUAGUCCACGGUUACUCGCUGAAGUCGCUCCAGAAAAGCAGCUGAAUACACCGCUUAAAGAAAUCAGUGAUGCACCAGUAAAAGUCCUGGGCAUAUACUGGAAUUCACGCACUGACGCUCUCCAGUUCAAGUACACGCUACCGCCACAGACGCCCAAGACAAAAAGAGCUAUUUUGUCUGAAAUCGCUAAGCUGUAUGAUCCGCUAGGACUUCUCGCACCAAUAGUCGUCAAAACCAAGAUCUUUAUGCAAGAUCUGUGGCUAGAUAGAGUGUCAUGGGAUGAACAAUUGUCACCAUCACUCAUUCACAAAUGGACUGGAUACCGCGAGGAUCUUCGAAACAUCGAAUCCAUCCGCAUUCCACGCUGGAAUAAUAUAGCACCUGGAGCAACUAUGGAAUGGCACGGGUUCUCAGACGCUUCGCAAAACGCUAUGGCUGCCGCUGUUUAUUUGAGAGUCACUGACGCUGAUGGGAACACAAAGGUCUCACUUUUGUGUUCAAAAACGCAAGUAGCACCGCUGAAGACCAUGACAAUCCCACGCUUGGAAUUAUUUGCCGCAUGGUUGCUAACACAACUGAUACUUCAUGUCAAAGAAGUUCAGUCGCUUGAAAAUGUCAGGAUCAAUCUCUGGACUGACUCCGCCGUGACUCUCGCAUGGAUUAAAAGUCCAGCAAUCCGCUGGAAGACAUUCGUCCGCAAUAGAGUGGGAAAAAUCCAAGAAACGCUUCGAGAUGUCUCCUGGAAAUUUAUUCCAGGAAAACAGAACCCCGCUGACUGCGCUUCAAGAGGUAUACCUACGCUAAAACUGAAACAACACGCUCUCUGGUGGCAUGGACCAACUUGGCUUCAUGAACCAGAAUCCUCUUGGCCCACUCUGGAGCCUCCAACCGACAAUGCAACGCAUCGAGAAGAACGCCAAGGUCUGACACUAGUAACUUGGAAAGCAGAAAAUUGCCUGCUCCAACAAUUACUGUCGCAUUACACGCAGCUGUUUCCACUGCUACGGAAGCUUAGCAUCUGGCAUCGUGCCAUCGACCGCUUUAAAAGAGUUCCACAAUCUUCGCUGGCCUACCCGCUUACUCCAUCAGACCUGGAGCGCGCUAAAUUGACCUUGAUUAAGUUCACUCAAGGACAAUACUUCGCUAGAGAGAUUCACACGCUACAAGAUGGUGAUGGUCUGCCUAAAAAUAACAGCAUCACUAAACUGACUCCGUUCAUCGACCAUCAGGGGGUCCUGAGAGUCGGUGGCCGCUUGAAAAACGCAUUGCUGGACCCAGAAGAGAGGCAUCCAGCGAUUCUACCGCGACAAUUACCGCUUACAUCAAUUUUGAUUGAUGAUUCGCACCGCAAAACGCUUCACGGAGGUACUCAGCUUACGCUCGCUGACUUACGCAAGAGUGUCUGGAUCAUUGGAGGCCGUGUUCCAGUCAGAUCAUUUAUUUUACGCUGCGUUAUCUGCACGAGACACCGUGGAGAACGCGCUCAACAAUUGAUGGGUCAACUACCCGCCGCACGAGUACAGCCAACUCGAGCCGUCUUGCAUACAGGACUCGACUACGCUGGACCUAUCACGCUGAAAACGUUUCAAGGACGUGGAGCAAAAACAUACAAAGGCUGGAUUGCCGUCUUUGUAUGCAUGUUCAGUUCAGCUGUACAUUUAGAGCUAGUAACUGAUUACACCGCUGCCGCUUUCAUUGCCGCUUAUCGCCGCUUCACUAGUCGCCGAGGUAUCUGCCACACGCUAUAUUCAGACUGUGGAACCAAUUUUGUAGGAGCAGAUAAAGAGCUGAAACGACUAUUCGCUGCAGGAUCCCGCACGUUACGAGAAUUAUCAACCUUGAUCGCUCAAGAUGGCACGAACUGGAAAUUCAAUCCGCCUGGAGCUCCACAUUUUGGAGGAAAAUGGGAAGCCGCUGUGAAAUCUAUCAAAUUUCACCUUCGAAGAACAAUCGGAGACUCGCUGUUGACGCUUGAGCAAUAUUCAACGCUACUGGCUCAAAUUGAAGCCAUAUUGAAUUCCAGACCGCUCACACCGCUGAAUGAUGAUCCUGCUGACCUGGCCGUACUGACUCCAGGUCACUUCUUAAUCGGACAGUCACUGACCGCUAUCCCAGAGCCAUCGCUGACAGAUUUACAACCUGCUCGGCUCUCGCACUGGGAACAAGUCCAGCAAAUGGUUCAACAUUUCUGGAAACGCUACUACCAGGACUGCAUCCACCGCUACCAGGCCAUUUCAAAGUGGCAUCAUCGACGCAACCAGAUCAAGGUGGGUUCAGUUGUACUGAUCACCACUGAGGAUCUCCCGCCAACCAAGUGGCCAUUAGCCAAAGUAAUUGCUGUCCAUCCAGGUGAAGAUGGACAAAUCCGCGUAGUAACUGUUAAUACAAUUAACACAGAGCUGUUACGUCCAAUUACAAAGCUCUGUGUCCUGCCACUAACGCAUGAAGAAGAUGAUCUUGUCGACGCAGCCGCCAACCCGGGAGAGAAUGUUCGGCGAACAAGGCCCAGUAGCGAUUAA